AUGCUGGACACGGCAAGCGAGCACUCGAGUCUAGAUACCCUCAGUCUUGGUGGACGGUUGUCGCAGCUCUCUCGAGCCAAAGGAGCCGUGGCGCUUCAAUAG